UGCAGAGAUUAGAUAGAAAGAGAGAGAGAGAAGGCGGCGGAGCAGCUUUUACCGAACACUGGACCGGUGGCGCCACCGCUUCUAAUCUGAAGCGGUCAAUGCCGGGAUCUACUCCGCAGUACUACUACUCCUCCCAAUCACCGGCGACAAUGGCAGUCACAAAGCGAUCCUCACCGACUCCUCAACAGAACGCUUCGACUCGCGAUCUCAAGAAACGAGUCAUCAUCAACCUCAACAAGCUCUCUGACCGUGAUACUCACGCUAUUGCUACCUCCGAGCUCGAAUCGAUCGCCCGCAACCUCUCUCACGACUCCUUCACUCCGUUCCUUAAUUGUAUCUACGAUACAGAUUCCUCUGAGAAGAGUCCUGUCCGGAAACAAUGUGUCCGACUCCUUGGUUUCAUCUCUCAGACUCAUGGCGAUGCUCUCUCUCCUUUCGUCUCCAAAAUGCUAGCUAACAUCGUUCGCCGCCUCAGGGACUCUGAUUCCGCCGUCCGGCAGGCUUGUAUCGACGCUGUCACGACCAUGGCUUCUCAGAUCACUAAGCCCCCCUUUUCUGCGUUUUUGAAGCCUUUAACUGAGGCUCUCCUGCUUGAACAAGACUACAACGCUCAGAUCGGUUCCGCGCUUUGUCUCGCCUCCGCUAUCGAGGCUUCGCCUGAUCCGGAGCCUUCGCAAUUGCAGAAACUCUUGCCGAGGCUGCUGAAGUUACUCAAGGCUGAGUGCUUUAAGGCCAAACCGGCGCUGUUAGCGCUCAUUGGCAGCAUUGCUGGGGUCGGCGGUGCCUCUAGUCGUAAUGUAUUGACCAAUUUGGUUCCUACUAUGGUGGAGUUCCUCAGUAGUGAAGAUUGGGCCGCGAGGAAGGCUGCCGCUGAGGCUUUACUUAAGCUUGCUAUUGUGGAGAGGGAUCAAUUGUCCGAGUUUAAGACCUCGUCCCUGGCAUCUUUUGACGCUCGGAGGUUCGAUAAGGUGAAGGCUGUUCGGGAAACCAUGAAUCAGAUGUUGGAAGCCUGGAAGGAUGUUCCUGGACUUUCUGACGAGGUUACACAGCCAUCGCAAUCGAUAUCUUCUUCAAGAGAAAAUGCAAGCGACGGGCGCUUCCCACCAGGUCCCAGAAGCUCUGGUACUCUGGGUUUUGAAACUCCUCAAACGAGGAAGAAAGCAAUCCCGGCAAGCAGGUCGCCUCCGCCGGAUAGUUCAUCUGUGACUAUUGCUAGAAAAAGGUCCCCUUUGAAGAGUAAUGACAGUAAAUCAAGUCCCGCCCUGUUUCGUAAACUCGACUGCAAGAAGCUGCCUGAUUGGAAAGUUGAGGUUGCUGUACCUCAUGCUUCCUCUCUUACAGUUGUAUGCGAGGAUGAUAUUAAGAAGACAGAUGGGGGAGGUCUAGAAUCAGGGGUAGAUGAGUGUAAUGCAAGUUUAAAACCUCAAACAAAGCGUGUUCUCUUUAAUAAGAACUACAAUGACAAGACACACAAGUUUGGUGGAUUCAGGUCCGGGAACCGUGUGGUUCCACUUCAGGACGAGAGCUCUGAUUCUACUGUUGUAGUUAGCAAUGCCACUGAGAUGUAUGGGAACCAGAAAGACAACGAGGACCUGUCCUUGAUCCGCAAGCAACUGGUUCAGAUUGAGAACCAGCAAUCGAGUCUGUUAGAUCUUCUGCAGAAGUUCAUUGGGAGCUCACAGAAUGGGAUGCGUUCUCUAGAGACACGUGUGCAUGGUCUAGAGCUGGCCCUGGAUGAGAUUUCUUACGAUUUGGCCAUGUCGACAGCAAAGGUAUCAGGCACUGACUCAGCUGGGAACACAUGCUGUAAGUUACCUGGUGCAGAAUUCCUGAGCUCAAAAUUCUGGAGGAGAACGGAAGGCCGGUACCCAAGCUCAAGUUUAUCUUCUUCUGGGGGAUCACUAGCUGCUAUUCGGAAUGUUGCUGAUAAAGAUGGCAGUUCGGAACCUUUGAGGAUGGAUAACUGGAGAUUCCGGCUCCAACGGGGUGGUGGUGGUGUUAUUGUGAAUCCACUGGCGGAGAUUCAUAGUGACUCAACGGCAAGUUCAGAGAUUUUCUCAAACAGAGCACUGAAAAACACAAUCUAUGAUCUUGAGGGAAGGCAAGGCCGUAGUAGAAGUGGCCUUGAUGUUGCUUCUUCUGUCACCAGUUGACAUAAUCACCAGAUCAUUUGCAUAGUUAGAGAGGAGUCAAGUUUGUUUUGAGUGCUCAGAUUCUUGUUAAGACAGCAAAGAAAUCGCCUUUUUGCUUCAUGUAACAUGGAGGAGAAAUGACGAAAUGAGGUUGAUAUUUUCUACGGUGAAGAAGCUCACUGGAGAGCAACUGAAAAUGUAAAGUUGGGGUGAAGCAGAGCUUUCCUAUUAAUUCCAGAAGGGGGAAUUCAUUCAGUAAUCCCCCAUUUAGCAGCAUUUUCCGCCCAGAGAAUGAGAGAGAUCAUUACUUCUAAUGCUCGUGAUGGAAGGAAAUGGUUCCAUGUGUAUAGUGAUGAAGAAGUUUUCCUUAAAUCAAUUUUUAUUUGUUGUUUAUCAUUGAAAGUUCUCU